UGUUCCUCUAAUUCUUUUGGUCGCGGUUCGUCGCGUGUCCAGCCUUCUUCUUCUUCCUAUUUGCGGUUCGUCUUCAUCAGCCACUAUUAAGGAUUAAGAACAUCCUUCUCCCCAAAAAGUCAAGCGCUCUUCUAUGUAAUCCGAUCCAUCGCGAACAGAAUACUAUUACCACCAUUACCACCAUUACCACCAUUACCACCGCGCGCAACAAUUGAUCUGCUAUUCCUUCACUGCCGACAUCUAGUGCUAGUGACGGCCCCGUUGUGCACUGCGACGCCAAUUCGCAAUUUGACCCGUGAAUUUUCAACACAAAACAAACUAAGCCAACACAAGAAUCAGUACAUCGAGAGUGAUUGAUCCAUCACUGUCAAGCUUGACGAAAUACCUUCCUCCAUGUGAGGCUCCUAAGUCAACUAUGGCGACUCAACAGGAUGCAGAACCCGCUCCAACGAGCGCUGUGGGUUCUGCCGCCGCGGCCUCGUCCAUGUCAAAAUCGGAUAAUUCGUCAACUUCUCCUCCUAAGAAUAAGUCAGAUGCGCCGGAUGACUCAAACCCUAGCGGCCAUUCAGGUCGCGAUGAGGACACCUUCAAACAGUUUUUAAUAGGCCAGGCCAUUGCUCGAGAUCACAUACACUCUGCUGCUAUGGUCAGCGACAAAGAUAGACAAAAUGAACAUAAUAAGUCUCAAUUCAAGAUGAUCAAUGAUUAUAAGCUGUUAAGGACCGAUUACAGAGCUUGGUUUACACCUAGUAGACUUUUUGGCGAAGGUUAUAGUGGCUAUGGUAAUGGAAGAACCGAGAUUGGCCCACAGUCGCACUUGGUAUACCCGAACCAAAAACCUCCACCCGGCAAGCGACAGGCACCUGCUCUGAAAUGGAAGAGGAAGGACAUGAAGCAGCAGGCCGAACAACAUGAGGAGUUGGUUCCCGUCAGGCUAGAUGUGGAUUGGGAUAAGAUCAAGUUGCGCGACACCUUCACGUGGAAUCUCCACGAGAGAAUUGUCGGCGCCGAACUAUUUGCUGCGCACUUGGUAGAGGAUAUGGGCUUGAAGCCACCCGCUGCCCAGCCCGUUUUUGACCAAGUUAUCCAGCAGAUGCACGAACAGCUAAACGACUUCUACCCUUUUGUAUUCUCCGACGAAGACGCGUUAGAUCCCGAGUUGCCUUAUUCGGCUUGGAAGAACGAUGAGAUGAGGAUAUUGGUGAAAUUGAAUAUCACUAUUGGACAGCAUACCUUGGUUGAUCAGUUUGAAUGGGAGAUUAACAAUCCCCUCAACUCGCCCGAGGAAUUUGCGGCGAGUAUGGCUAAAGAUCUAGCACUUUCAGGGGAGUUUACCACUGCUAUAGCCCAUUGCAUCCGGGAACAGACCCAGCUUUUUACUCGGAGUUUGUAUAGCAUCGGACAUCCAUUCGAUGGUAGGCCCAUUGAAGAUCCAGAUUUAAUCUCAGCCUUCCUCCAAUCGCCGCUACCUUCGGUGUUCCGACCCCAGCAACAAGCCAAGGACUACGCUCCGUACCUGUACGAACUCAGCGAAGCAGACCUAGAACGAAACGAGACGGUCUUCUCCCGCGAACAAAGAAGACAGAAGAGGUCUAUCAACAGACGAGGUGGACCCACGCUGCCCGAUCUAAAGGAGAGGCAGAGAACCAUACGCACCCUCGUCGUGUCGUCUACACUUCCGGGCGCAGCACUUAGUGUAGAAGAGAGCAGGCUCUACAAGCGAGUUGCAGGUGCACCAGGCACGGGGCGGAGGAGAGGUCCGGGUGCACGUGAUGGUGAUAUCUCUGAUUCUGACGAGAGUGACGACUCGGGCCCCGAUUCGCCCGCAGCAUCACAACUACCCGGUACGACAAGGACGAGAGGCAUGAGGGGUGCCGCGACUGCCGCUCAACAGCGGAUGGCGAACCUCGGCCGGUCCGAGACCCCGGAAGCCACAAUACACCAUCACGAGACCCGAACAUCUAGGAGAUUUGGACGCGAACUGACAAGAGAAGAUACCGAAGAACCUCAGCACUUUUAUGUGACACUUAAGAUUCCGAAUAAAGAGAGGUUACGGAGAAUCUCACAGCGCGAUCCUAAGUUGAAGCAAGGGACACCGGGUGGAUCGCAGACACCCUCACAGUCUCAUGCUCGUGCUCAUAGUAUUUCUGCAUCUAAUAGCAUGCCUCCCCCUUCUACACCGAACGUCCCGACUUCGACAAUCCCUGCGACAACCCCCUCGAACACUAUACCCCCUGGACAGGUCGGGCGUGUUGAUGCCCCUCCGCCAAUAAACGGGGCCCCUCCUGUUGCCCCCCCUCCACCUGCGUGGCUUGUCGCGGCGCUUGAGAGAUUCAAACAGGAGCCAGCCUACGCGAAUGACCAUUUCGAAGGAACCAUGCGAUACACUGCGAUCGACAGCAACACAGGCAUGGCUGCCACCCUUCCGCAGCCAAACCAGCCUGUCCCUCCACACAUACGGUUCUACUUCCUCCCCCGAAUUCGCUGUCUUGACUGUCCUGGCAAGCUCUAUACGCCAGGCCCCGACAUAUCAGCUGCGAACUUUGAAGUCCACCUCAAGAACAAGGUACAUAAGGAGAAAGUGGAGCUCCGGCUCACAUUAGCCAACAGCACAGCUGGCGGGACCGCGUAGAUACAUAAGGUAUCAAUCCCAUGCCCAGCUCCACUAAGUCAAAAUUCAUGGCAUCAUACGUAAUGAAGGCAAACUACAAGAGCGGUAUUGGUAAGGAGUUACGUGCGUUUUUCUGGAGAGCAUUGUGUGAACCCUGUAAAGACCUGUGUUUUACUAGAAGAAGAAGAAGAAGAAGAAGAAGAGAGAGUGUGUUCUCGGCCGGCUCGGAAUGUCGGUAGUCCACGUGGGGAGUUCAAUGCCAAUAAUGCUGUUGAAGGGGGGGGAAUUCGAGCGCGGAGUUUGUAUCAAUAUGAGCCGUCGACUCCGUAUAAUAUGUAAGCCUUCCCUACAUAGGUACUUAGAGAUAACCCCUUAUUUAAACCCGACAAUCUAUUUUCUGCGGAUAUUCAUUAUGUAUCUAUGUGGUGAUCAGGUUUGCGGGUUUAUG